GGGUUUUAGUUUUUUUUUUUUUUUUUUUACAGUGAAACAGCUGGUAGUUGCUGUUAUUUUCUGCUAGAUAGACAAAGUGAUUGCAGAGAGUUUGGACUGAUUACAAAAAAGUCCAGAUUAAGGGAUCAUUGGUGGUGGGCAUUUUUCCAACAGCUACGGAAGUGCGGGGAUACUGUUUUUGUAACUGUGGGUAAGGUUUGCUUCUUAUUGGGAAGCUUGCUGUUUAAGGACAGCCGAUGGCAGGCACUGAACGCUUUUAAGACUGGGUGCUCUGUAACUGGAGUGGUGACGUGACUGUAGAUUGCCUAAAGUUUUUUUUUUUCUAACAAAAAUUUGGGUCCGAGCCAAGUGAUGCAUUUUGUUAGUGAUCUUUAAAAUACUGUGCCCCCAGUUACUGUGUUUACUGAAGUACAGCCUGUCUAUUGUUAACACCAGUAUAUGUUUGAGGAAGUCGUACUUCGUAGGUGCUCAAGAAAACAUUCCCUGCUGUAUUUAUACUUAAGUCCUUCAACAGCAAAGUUUUUUUCAGUUGACCUGUUUUAUUUAAGUGGUCGCAAGCAACUAAUACCACAAUUCCGUGUUAUAACCAGUAAAUGUUCUGUGAAGACUGCCAACCGGACUGCAGGAGACCGUUCUUUUUUUUUUCUUUUCUUUUUGGAAGCUGCAAUUAGUGUUUUUGCCAGAUGAACGGAUUUAGUACUGAAGAGGAUGGGGACGGAGGGAUUCCCGGGGGUCCCACUUUGGGACAGCUUUGUUGCCUACAAGAAGAUGGAGAGAAAUGUUGUCGCCCUGCAGGGAACGCAAGCUUCAGCAAAAGAAUCCAGAAAAGCAUCUCCCAGAAGAAAAUCAAACUAGAGGUUGAUCGAGCGGCACGCCAUUUAUACAUCUGUGACUUCCACAAAAGCUAUAUUCAGAGUGUGCGGAACAAAAGGAAGAAAAAAGGUAGUGAUGAUGAUGCAGUGGAUUCGCCAGAACAUGAUGCUGACUCUCCAGAGGUUGACCUAUUUCAAUUGCAGGUAAAUACACUAAGACGGUACAAGAGGCACUUCAAAUUGCAGACAAGGCCUGGACUGAAUAAGGCCCAGCUUGUUGAGAUAAUCGGAAGACACUUUAGAUCAAUUCCUGUAAAUGAAAAAGAAACUAUAACUUACUUUAUCUAUUCUGUUAAGAAUGAUAAGAACAGACCAGACCACAAGACAGACAGCAGUGUCCAUUAGCACAAGACGGCUGUGGCCUCAAAGACUGUUCUUAAAUGCACGAAGUGUAAAACUGCUGAACUUUGUAAGUUAAAUUAUGUAACUAUAAAGCUUAAUAUGUCUGGAGUGUAUUUUUGUCAUAUUUGUGUUAUUGUAGAUUUCUGACUUUGGUAAUGUAAGGUCCUUUGGGCACUUAUUGAUAUGUACCCUAUUUUAAAUUCACAGCGACAUGUCUGAUUCUGAAGUUUUACUUGACAACCUGAUUCCUUGAUAUUGCUGAGUAAUGACAGCGUCAUCAAUUAAAAAAAGUAUUACCAGAGCAGCUAUUUUAUAGCAGAUUUUUUUUCUUAUUGGACAUGGUGCCCUUGCCUUAUAAAGAAGUGAGCAAUGAGUUAUUUUUCUAUGCAGAAUUGCAUGUUAACAUUUUCUGUUAGAGUCAAAACUAUUGCAGCUUUAAGUGAACCACAAAGUACUGUAUAAAUUUAAGCGAUAUACAUUGUCUGGUAAAUUGUUGUGAUCGGAGUUCUGUCCAUUUGGAGUGACGAGUCGCUUCUCAAAGAACAAUGCACUUGAUGUUGCACAAAAAAGGAAACCAUUCCAAACUGUUCAUUUUUUAUUCUGAUGUAGGUUGAUAUAGCUAAUUGUAAAGUCUCGUUAAAAUGAGAACAUACUUCUGCUGUCCCUUAUUUUGCCUCAAAUUUUUGCUCAUUUUCCAGUAAAAUUGUGAUUUUCUGUGAGAUCAUUUGAGAAUUGUAUUGACUUCAUCACGCCAGAUGUCGUAGUUCUUGAGAAAAUACACAGUCCUAUAAAAACUUAAGUGACCAAGAACUGUUAUUUAAUUUUUUUGUCCCUAGUUAUUUUUGGCUGCAUUACUUAUUGAUUCUAGUGUUAAGUUAAAACAGUGAAAAACAGCAUCACAUAAAUUGGCAGUUUGGAUGCUAAUAUCGACAUGACUGUUAUGCUUUUUUUAAGUAUGGGCCAGUAUUGUGUAACCUUUAAAUCUGUUUAUAAAGCAGUAUUUUUAUCUACACAUUUCUGAAAUGAUUUGGUUUGUAUGACAUUAUACAAACUGCCUUAUGUUGUUAAUUCAUAAUUUAUUGCUUUGAAUUCAUCAUGAACAGUGAUUCUUCCAGACGUUGCCUGAGGUAACCAGUUGUUUAGGACAACAUGUAUGUUAUAUGCAGAAACUGUAACAUGAAGAUCAAACAACAAACAAUGUGGGUUGAAUUUUGUUAAAUUGUUGUGGUGUUGGCACUUACGAAGUGUGAGGGCAAAGUCAGCACUUUAUACAUCAUUGUUCAAGUAGCUUGAACCUAAGAACUGCUCACAUAUCUUCAACUUCUUAUGUUGAAUCACUUGUAGCUACAAGUAAAAGUCUCAACAUACUGGACUUCAUGUAUUACAAAUAAAAACUACUGAAAGUA